AUAACCAUAGAAUUGAUUACAAUUACUGUUAACUUAAUCAUUAAUGCACUCAUAGUGUGUAUCGCGGUCUAUUAUGAAAGCUAUCCGCUUUCACUACCAACCGCUCGGUAAACCCUAGGUCAAGGAGUCACAUUGCCAUCUGGUGGCAACAACAAGUCCAGAUCUCAGCAAAAGUUUGACAAAGCCAUAUGAUGGUGUAGGAGUAGGCUGCACAGCGAUGUCCAACAUCAUUCCAGUACUUCCGUCAAGUCCGCCUCCCUUGGACAGUUGUACACAGCAUAGCUGGGAGGAUGAUGAUGACUUUGAAGCGUUCACCGGAGCACCAGACUCCCCCGUGCGAAUGCCGGGUCAUCCAUCCACAUCAAUCCCUGGUGCCACAACACAACUACCCCCAGAUGCCACGAAGAUCCAGUUUGCAGAGGAUACCGGUGACGAUGACUUUGCGGACUGGGUAGCGAGCGCUCCACACGACACAGACGCAGGUGGUGGUGCCAGUGUUGCCAACGUUGGUGAUGAAAUUCAGGCGACCGUGCCGGAUUAUGAACGUCAGACCAGUACGUUGGGGGAGGAAGGUGGUGACGGGCCACAGUCAUCUCAAGCUGCUGUGGCCGAAGAGCCCGAUUUCAGCCUCUCAUUACCAGAUGCCUCGUGUUUCGUCGACAAUAGUGCCUUACAGGAUGCAGCAGAAGCUGUAACCAUUGAGCCAACAGAAGUCGGUAGUGUCUAUGCUUCAGCGCUAACAGAGCGCACAGCAGAGGUCACCACCGAGCAGCCAGGGGGUGACUUUGACCAGCCGACCUUGCAGAGUAGUGUUGCCGACUCGCAGUGUGAAGGUUGCUAUGACGACAGCAACGGUGAUGACUAUGGCGACUUUGCUGCUUUUGGAAAGAACGGUUCUCUUCCAAAGCCCACAACAUCUGAUGCAGCGGAUUGGCAACCUGAUGCCGUUGUUGACAACGGUGACUUUGCCGAUUUCUCUGCUUUUGGGGGUGUGCCAUCAAUUGAGUCGGCAGGUCAGUGUGACUUUGUGACGACAGCUCAAUCGGACCCUGAGACAACAGCUAAACAUGACUCCGAAAUAGGAACUCCUUGUAAUCCCGAGACGACGCAUGGGAUUCUCAGGGAUUUGACGUCUCAAGGUGAGACUGAGACAAUACCAGGUGGAGCGAGUGAGGCGGUGAUCUCGACAGAGCCUCUUGGUUGUUACCGUGACGACGACGAUGAUGAUUUUGCAGAAUUUCAAGAAAGCUCUGCACCUGUUGUUACCAUAGAUGAUGUAGUGGCUUCAGUGGAAUCAACUCUUAAAGUUGCAGAGGUUACCAUUGGUGAGGAUUUACAACAGCACCUUGAAAAGGUAAUCGAGGGACUUUUCCUAGUGGCUAAUGACCUUGAUAUCCCAGAAGCUGACCUUGAACCUCUGAGACUUCAGCAAUGUGUUGUUUGUGAUGCAACAGAUAAGCCAGCAAGUGAUCUGCCUGGUGCUGCCAUCUGGAGUCAGGUGCAGAAGACUGAUGGCACAGCUGCCCUUUCUUACCAGUGGCUGGAAUCUGGCAACAACAGGAACUUGUUGAAAUCUCUUAGAAUUGAUACCAGGAAUAUUAUACCGAAGAAGCCUCUUGUGCCAUUAUUUGCGACAGGCAUCGGCUUGCUGGAACCUAUGAAGCCUUCUGAUCCACGAUGUGAGCCUCCACCGGUCACGAAACCCUCUGCCCAGGAGUGUAUCCCAGCAGUGGAGUUUGACUGGGGUUCGAGUGGACUCACCAAUCCUCUCUCCAGCACUGUCGAUUCUAACCUCCUUGAUCUCAGCUUCUUUGCAAGAGAAGCAGAGUUUUCCUCAUCCUCGGGCAGUAAGAAAGGCAUAGUUAUAGGUCUAGAAGAUCAAAUGCUAAAAGAGGGCAGCACUGGCAUGUUGGCUGGUCAACCCCUGCAACAGCUUCUUGCAGGUAGUACUCCCACACUUACUGCCAACACGAGAAAAUCUGAGCGAUCCAAUCUCAGCCCAGAGGCUAGUGCCAUAUUGGACGGUCUGCCAAAUCUUUCCUUCAUGCGCUCAAAGGUGUUAAUGUUCCCCGUUAAGAAUGGGAAUAUUUAAAUUUCAACGUCAAGAUCUUGCAUACACGGCUUAUUAAGGAUGCACUGAAAGUCCCUUUUAUUAUAAAUGAAAAUGGUAUAUGUGUACCUCCACACGUGGAGACUCUCUAAAUAUAUGUCAGCAUUCUCUCGUAUAUAGAUGUCGAAUAUAUGCAAUAUAUGCAGCUAAACGUAAAGUAGUAAGAGGGCGAAUAUUGCACCGUUAUUGGGCUGCUUGGCUUCUUUGUUGUCAUUGCUACAUAAUAUAUUAGUUGUGCACAUGACAUGUUAUAUACACAGUAUGCUAGUUUUGGUUUGUACAACCUAUAGCUCUGUCUGUGUUGCAGCAAACUUUUAACAUUCCAUGUUUUUCCGACCAAAUUUAAUUAAUAAGUUUCAGUGCGGCUGCUACUGUUUACCAGCGAUGACAGAGUGAAAAACUGAAAUGAAGCUCACCAGUUGUGUGUGGUGUCAUCUUUUAAAUGUCAGUUAAGUGUUGAUCUACUGCCAAUUCAACUGGUUAUAGGAGGUGAGGGUGCAGUUUUCUUAGGGGUAUACUGGUUAUAGUAUUCUCAUGGCGGGGAGCUAUGCUGAUCUGUAGAAUUUCCGAUCGUCUCGAUCACUGCCAAAAUAUACAUGCAUUAAUAGAACCAUCUUUUAGCAUUUUUGACGUUUCAAUGUUCGAAGUGGAAUAGACAGGAAGAAAAAGACGGUGAUUAGAAGCACGUAGUGUAUGUACAAAUGAGGGUGGUGUUGUACUUUAAAGAAUGUAGCUUGUCCUUGACUGUGUUCUAACACUGUGAUAUGAAUCGGGGUAUAUAUAUUCUGCUUGUAAAUAACUGCAAGCACAGGUAUGGGCCUACAUACAUAUUGCUUUACAAACGCUGUCCACUUAUUAUAGAGAAUCAGUUUCUCACAUUACGUUUUGUGCUUGAAUGUAUUUAUCUCUCACUGAUUUAUUUAAUAUUGGCAUAUCACAAUAUUGGAAUCAUGUACCAAGCUUUUUUCUCGUUGUGGAGCUGUUUUACUCUGUUGUUUCUUAAUUAAACAAGGAUCACGGUUGUUUUUCAGAGAGAAGAUUGUACGAAAAUUAUAGAAGAUAUCACGUAAUUGUGUAUGUUGUGCAUACUGUCAAAUAACAACGUUGCAAUAAAUAUUGUUAAAACAGAA